AUGGCGCCACGCUGCCUCGUAUUUGCUCUCCCGCCGGCCCCGCCAGCCCCUGGCCUCGUUGUGGGACCUGGCGCGCACCCCACGUCGCCCUCUGGCGACACUCACGCCCCUGGGCCGCUUCGCGGAGAACCGCGAAGCCGGAGAGCCUUCGAACAGACGGCGGCCUCGACGGCGAGUACAGCGUGCCGGCGCGGCGUCACCGGGCACCGCCUCCUGGCCGCUGGGGAGGGAGGGCAGGGCCGCCGGGGCGCGGCGCCGCGCCGCGCCGCCCCCUGGGGGCCGGAGGACGGAGCCACAGCCCGCGCAGGUCUCGACGGGGCACAGGCCCGGCCCGCGGGGAAGACGAGGUGCGGGCUUCCGCAGCAGCCCCCGCUGGCCGCGGUCCUCUCCCCGGACCCGGACGGCCCGCCAGCCCCGUCCCGCCGCACCUCCGGGCCCCGUAGACCGCUCGCCCCACCCUCGGCGUCGCAGUGCGUGGGUCGGGGCAGCGACCAACGGCCGGCAGCACCACCGUGCCCACUUCCCGGGCCUGGCGAGGACGCCGGAAGCGCUGUCCCGCCAGGAAGGCCGCGUGGGUGCGCAAGGUAUCCAGCACAGGGCCUGGCACAGAAUAAAUGCUUUGGGGCGCUUGACACUCAUCACACUACCCCUGCCCUCCUGAGGCUCCACAUCUAUGUAUCAGAUGGAAACCAGAGUCACAAAUGGAGACAGAUUCAGAGACUCAGCCUGAAAGGAGACAGAAGAGGCAGAGAGCUACAGGUUGCAUGGCCCCAGGAUGGCAAAGGUACGGAUAGAAAUGAGGACACACUGAGGCCUAGUGGGGAAUAUUGGGGAGCUGGGCCUGAAGCCAGCCAGGGGUGGCUGACCACAGCAGGCUUUGUGGGCUGAGCUUGCAGGACUGAGCAGUGACUCAUGGGGCCCAUCUCUGUGGCUCUCCUGGCAGCAGAAUCAACUCACAGCAGCCUUUUCCACUGAGAUCAUAAAAUGGGAAUGGGCCUCCCUCCCCUGACCCUUCCCCAACUCUCCCGCAGCCUCCUAUUUCUUGCUGACAUGACUCAAUCAAAAAUUAAAUGGGCCGGGCACAGUGGCUCAUGCCACAAAAUCCCAGCACUUUGGGAGGCCAAGUCAGGCAGAUCACCUGAGAUCGGGAGUUCCAGACUAGUUUGGCCAACAUGG